CCCAGGAGUUUGAAUUUUUCAACGAGCACCGUCAGUUUGUGUGUGAUAAAGGAGCGUCGCGCCGAAAUCAGGUUAUAAACCAUGAGCUGGGCGGUGGAGGAGUGGAAGGAUGGACUUCCAGGGAAAGCCCUGCAGAAGAUCCAGGAGAUGGAAGUCCAGCUGGAUAAACUGAAGAAGGAAAGGACCCAGAAACAGUUUCAGCUGGACUCCUUAGAGGCUGCCCUGCAAAAGCAGAAGCAAAAGGUGGACAGUGAACGUACAGAAACUUCUGCUUUAAAAAGAGAGAACCAGUGUUUAGUAGAGUCAUGUGACUCUCUGGAGAAAGCCCGUCAGAAGGUCAUCCAUGACCUUGGAGUCAAAGAGCAGCAGGUGAGGUACCUGGAGGGUCAGCUUAACUCCUGCAGGAAGACCAUAGAACGACUGGAGCAGGAGCUCAAGAAGUACAAAAAUGAAUUGGAUCGUUCUCAGCCUGUUGGCUCUUCCUCCUUGUCAUCUUCCUCCUCUGAGCUUCAACCUUACACUACUCCACAGAAAAGUUUCUCUACCCCGGCUCCUGUCCCAGCCUACAGACAGCAGGAUAAUAGACUGGACGAUCUUCAGGAGAAAUACAGCCAGGAGGUAGAAGAAAGAAAAAGGCUGGAGACUGAACUGAAAGUCUUGCAGGCCAAACUGUUGAAUCAGUCAUCAGUCAGUGUAAGCCACAAGGACAUUGCUGCCCGCCAAGCUGGAUCUUCCAUAUUCCCAUGGCAACAGCAAGAUCAGGCCCACAGCCGCCAGUCUCAGGAUGCGAUGGAAACGCCUCUGAAGAGGCGAGGGACAUCCCUGUGGGACACCCACGAGGAGACACCUAUGAAACCCAGCCAGAGAAUGAGCUCCUCCAGAGCAGUGCAGAGUCCCAGUGGAUCCUUCCAACAGAUGGAGCAGCUGAAGACCCUCAACCAAGAGCUGCGUGGCCGUGUGUCAGAGCUGGAGAGGAAUCUUUCCAAUCAGGAGAAGGAAAUUCGUAGCCAGGCCUCCAAGCUGCACGAACUACAAACCCAACUGAACCAAGCCUGCAAAGACCUGACUGAACGGGACAGAGACCUGGCCAGGACUAGCCACGAGCUGAGUCAAGCCACAGACAGACAUCAGCAGGCUGAGGCCAAGUGUUCCUCAGUUGAGCAGAAGCUGAAACAAGUCUCGGAGGAAAUGGGCUGUCAGAGGCACAACGCAGAAAGCUGCAGACGAGCCCUGGAGCAGAAACUCAAGGACCAAGAGAGAGACAGUCAGAAGGAGCUAGCCCAGCUGCAGACUUCCCACAAGGCUUUAGAUCAGCAGCUGAACCAGACCAGAACCAAGCUAACACAAGAGGUCCAACAGUCCAAAAAAGACUACAACGUACUGCAGGCUGACAUGGAGAAGAUGUGCUUCCAGAAAAGUCAGAUGGAGAAGGAGGUGGAGGAGCACAAACAGAAACUACUGAGGUCAGAGCAGACCCUCCAGUCCAGCCAGACAAAAGAGCAGGACCUCCGCAAGAAAAUGGAGGAGCUGCAGAAAGAGAAGAACAGUGUGACUGUCCAGUUGGACCAAAGCAGCAGGCAUCUGUCUCAGCUGCAGGAAGAGAAGAAGAGUGCAGACCAGAGCCUCAAACGCACCCAGGGACAACUAGAUGACCUCAGAGCAAAAUCAGAGGGACAGGUGGAAGAGCUAAAGAGACUAAAGUCAAAACUUGAGCAGGAGACUCAGGCUUCAGUCCGAGAGCUGGAAAACUUAAGGAGGACGCUUUCUGAUGCAGAAACCAAAAAUGACAGAUCUCAGAAUGAACUGCAGAAGCAGAAACAGGAGACAGAGAGGCUGACAAACAGGUUGACAGUCCUAGAGAAGGAAAGCCAAGAGCUGAAAUCCAAUCUCACUGUGAGUCAGAAUGAGUGUAAGGAGCUGAAACAAGAACAUCAAGCUCUGCUGGAGUGGAAGAAAGAGAAGGAGACCUUGAUUAAUGAAACCGAAGCUGUGCAAAAGGAGCUCACAGACAAAAUGAGCAACUUGGAGAACAGUCUCAGCUCGCUGAAUGAGGCUAAUGGCGAACUUGAGAAGCAGAUCAUGAGUUUAGAGGGGGAUAAGGCCAGUCUGUCUACUCAUAUCGAUUCCUUGAAGGGAGAACUCCUCAACAAGAGCACAGAGUUGGAGGAGAGAGAGCACCAGUACAAGGAGCUCCAGUCUCAACUCACCGAGGCUGGACAGAAGCACACCAAAGACUUGGAGAAUGUUGGUGUGCAAGUGGCACAGCUUGAAGCUAAGGUCAAAGAUCUGGAAUUGCAGUUGCAAAAGGAAAUAACGCGAGCAGAGCGAGCUGAGAGGACAAACACAGAGCUGCAGGACGAGCACCAGGCAGCCUGCGACCUGGUCCGCUCCAAAGACCAGCUGGUUGAGCUGGGCCAGGCUGAGAUCAGCCAGCUGAGAGAGAGCCUUGCACAGUCCACUGCACAGCAGGAGGAGGAAAAUGCCAGGUUGGUAGAGGAGAAGGCAGCCUUGCUGAAGCAGUGUGAGGAGAGUGUUUCAGCAAAGGUUGAAGAGACAGAGCAGAUCAAGCUGUUGUUGGAGGAGGCUCAGCAAGAGCUGCUGCUCACCAAAAACCAGGUCAGUUCCGUGGAGCAGUUCCUCAAGGUCCAGGAGCAACUGGGAGCCGAGUUGCAGAAGCAAAUUAAGAUACUGUCAGACAAUCAAGAAGAACAUAAAACGAUGUAUGAGAAAAAAUCAGAGGAGCUUAAAUUGUUAGAAGAGGAACUGAAGGAUCAACAGGCCCAGACAGAAGAGAAGGAGAAGCAGCUCAGAGAGGCUGAAGCUCAGAUUUUGUCUGUGGAGAAACAAAAGGCUGAGCUGGAAAAUGUAGUGCAAGAGAUGAAGAAAGAAGCAGAGAUCCUCCAGCAUGUUCAGACUGAGAAGAUAAACCAUCUUCUGGAGCAGAUAUCUUCCUUAGAAGAAAUAGUAGCUACAAACAAAGAUGCAGCAGAGAAGCUUCCAGUCUUGAAGAAUGAACUGGAUGUGGUCAACCAAUCCCAUGCUGACCUGAAAAAGUCUCUAGAAGCUCUUGAGAAGAGACACUCCUCUACUAUUGAAAUCAAGUCCAACCUGGAGAAAAUCCUGACCGAGAAAGGUAACCUGGUGUCUACUUUGGAGAAAGAGGUAAAAGAGCUCACAGAGAAGAUGAUGAAAGAGUCAGAGAGUCACGCUUUAGAGACUGAAAAUUUCCUCAACCAAAAGAAGAGCCUUAAAGAGCAGCUUGAAGCCACUAAGCAAUCAGUAACUGCUGCUAAAGCAGAAUGGAGUUCUCGUCGAGAGCAGAUCAAGACCAUGAAGACGACUCUGUCUGCUGCUUCACACGGCUUGGAAGAAAGAGACAACACGAUAAAGAGUCUGAAGGAGAAGCUGAAUGAGGCAGAGACAGAACACACCAAAACCUCAGCUCUCCUGAAGGAGAAGAUGGUCGCCAUGAACAAAAUUAAGGUGCAGCUGGAGAUGCUGCAAAUGGACCUUGAGGACAACGAGACAGCCAUGAACUCUUUUGAGAGUCAGGUGGAGGAGCUGAAGGGAACUAUAGAGUCACUGGAGACCCAGCUCGCUCAGAACCAGACCCAAAUGUCUGACAUGGAGGCCAGGCUGGAGGACAGCAAGGCCCAGGUCUCUGUCUUGGAAUCCCGCUUAGAGGAGGUCCAAUCCCAGAACUCUGUGCUGGAGACGCAGUAUGUCACAGCUAAGGAGGAGUUAUUUGAGAAGAGCUGUGAAAUAACUCGUCUGGAAGAGGACGCUGUCAACCAAAACCAGCUGCAGGGGAGUGUUGCCACAUUAGAGUAUAAACUUAGUCAGAUCAAAGAAGAAAACAUCAGGUUAAAGACAACUCUCAGGCAGAUAACUGAAGACAAAGACAAUAAUCUCAACCAGUUUCUCCAGGAGAAAAACAACCUUGAGACUACUUUGAAACAGUUAACAGAUGACAAAGAGCAAGUAGAAAAUGAAAUCAUUCAAGUAAAUACAGAGAAGAAACAGCUGGAAGCCAGUUUAGACGAGCUAUCUGAGGAGAACAAACAACUACAGAUCAACAUUAAGCAGUUAACUGAAGAAAAGCAGCAAACAGAGACAAAGAGUGAUCAAAUGACUCCUAUGAAACUUGAAGCUGAAUCAACCCUUAGUCAAGUCACUGAGCAGAAAACCCAGCUAGAAGUUACCCUCAACCAGAUAUAUGAGGAGAAAAUCCAACUUGAGGCUAAACUUAGUGAACUAACCUCUGAGAAAAAUGAUGUGGUUACUAACUUGAAUCAAGUAGUUACUAACUUGAAUCAAGUAGUUAAGGAAAAGCAUCAGUUGGAAAUGAACUAUAAUCAGCUGACUAAGGAGAACAUCAAACUACAGUCUAGUGUGAAUCAAGUAACUGAAGAGAAACUGCAAUUAGAAGAAAACAUUGAGAGGCAUGAAAAUGAGGUGGCUUCACUUAAAGAAGAGAACGGGUGCAUCCAGCACUCGCUCCAGGCCUUGGAGCAGGAGCACCAGGAGCUGAAGGAGCAGCUUGAGAUGAUGGACAAGAGGACUGAGGAGGAGAACAGAGAGAGGAGCCACCAUUUUGAGGCUGAGCAGGCCGAACUGCAUCAGAAGCUGGCGGGCUUACAGAAGGAGCUGACUGUGUUCAAGCAGCAGUACGACUCACUGCUGGAGCAGCUGGGCCAGCAGCACAACCUCAUACAGCAGCUCUCAGAAUCGCAAGGAACACAGAAGCCAGGAGAAAAAAUCAGCCCCAUGGAGUCUGAGGAGACAGUGGUUCGUGUUUCACCAGCAGAAGCAGCUGGACAAAUUGAUGUGGAGCCAACAUAUUCAAGUACAAAUACUGAGUCGCAUCCAGUAAAGGAACUGCUGAGCCCUAUGGUGUCUGAAUUGGGUGAACUUUCCCACCAGUCUGACGAGACUUUCCGUGAGACAGGGUUGGUCUUCCAGGACAACAUCAUCGAGCAAGAUAUGACCCAGGAACAGUUGGAGGAGGAGAUGCAGGCAUGUGUGGCUGAUGUAGAGGAAACGAGGAGUAAUGAGGAGAAGCAACUACAGCACCAAGAGCAACCCUUAGAUCAGGUUCUUGGAGACAGCAGAAGUUCCAGAGGUGUUCUUGAAAAUGAACCUGAAGUCUGUGAAAUGUCUCGAUCCAUGUCCUCCUUGAGUGAGACCAAAAAAUUACAAUCCUGUGCAACAGACUCAUCCAAGGGACAAGAUGACCUCACCCACUACAAGGAAAUGAUCACAGAGCAAGAAAAUGAACUCCAGACCCUGCGCUCAGAGUUUGACCUACUGAGCUCUGAACUGGCACUGAGAAAGGAGCUGACCUCUGAACUGGAAGUCCAAGUUCAAAACUUGGGGAAAAAAGUUAAUGCAGCAGAGGAGGAGGCACAUGGUGCCACACAUCAACUAAACGUUGCUCUGGAGGAGAAGAAAGACCUUGCUGACCGGUUGGCGCAGCUGUCGGAGGAGAGGGAGACUUUAACUCUACAGCUACAAACAGCUAAAUGCCAGCUUUCUGAUGUUAUAGAGAUGCUGGAGGGACUGGAGAUGGCCAAAGGUGGAUGGGAUGAAAAGUUCCUUCAACAGGAGAGUGAGUUGAAGAGGGUUCGCUCUGAAAAAGCUAACCUGGAGCAGCACAUCCUGAGCAUGGAGUCUGAGCUGGAGACCCUGCAGGAGGAGAGGACCAGACUGAAGGGUGAGAUGGAGACCCAGAGGAGGACUUGUUCGGGCAUGGAACAGCAGAUAGAAACGCUCAUGACAGAGACAAGCCAGAUGAGAUCUGAGCUUGUGUUCUGCACUGAAGAGCGAGAUGAGCUGAACCAGUCUUUGGGGCAAUGGAGAGAGAAAGUUCACAGUCUGGAGAAGACGAACUGUGACACCAGAAACUUAAUUUCCAUCCUGGAAGAUGACAUCAGAGCAGGGAGGAAGGAGUAUGAAGCCCUGCAAAGCAACAUGGACAAACUGAAGACAGAGAGACAACAGCUGUUGGAGCAGAUUAAGGCACAGGAGCAGGCAAUCUCUCAACAGAGUGGAGAAAGAGAGGAGCUUAUUGGCCAUCUUAACCAGAUCAAAGAAGACCACACGUCCGCUAAUCAAAACACUGAGUCUAUGGUCAGCAAGAUACAGGCUUUAGAGGGAGAAGUGAGUCGUCUUUCACAGUCUCUAGAGUCCUCUCUACUGGAAAAAGGAGAGAUUGCCUCUCGUCUGAGCUCCACCCAAGAUGAGGUCCAGCAGAUGAAGACUGGUAUUGAAAAGCUUCAGGUCCGCAUUGAGUCAGACGAGAGAAAGAAAAGAAAGAUGGGAGAGCUGCUCAAAGCUGCCCAGAGAAAGUCAGACUCACUGCAAGAUCGCAUUGAUGCCCUGGAGCGAGAGAAGGAAGAUGUAGAACGAAGUCUAGAGGAAGCUGUUCUGGAGGCUGAGACAGUCAAAGCUGAGCUGGAGGAGGAAAGGAGAAAGGUGGAAGAGGAGAAGCGGAAGCUCGCCAAGAAAUUAUCAGAGCUGUCUGCCAUGCUGGAAAACCUGAGAUCUGAGAAAGAACACAUGGAGAGAGAGUUGGAAACAAAAAACAGAGAGAGAGAGGAACUGAAGGCUGCUAAGGAGGAGCUGGAGCGAGGAUUGGAGAAGGCAGAGGUAGAUAGAAGAGAGGAAGAGGAGAGACAAAAAUACAGGGUGGAAGAGCUGGAGAAAGGGAUGAGAGAGGAAGCAGAGAGACAAAUUAGACAUGUAGAUGACCUCCAGGCGCAGCUGGAGGCCUCUCGGCAGAAGGAGAUCUCACUUGAACAAAAGAGUGCAGAAGCAGAAGGGGAGAAAGAUAGGGUGCAGUCUCUGCUGGUAGAGUUGAAGAAAGAGAAACAGUGUCUGCAGAGUUCUCUGGAGGAGUGGCAGACAGAAGGAGAGAGGCUCCGCUCUCAGGGAAACGAGUGGGACAAAGAGAGAAACAACCUGAGGACCUGUAUUGAGGCUUUGGAAGAAGAAAUUAAGGAGCUUAAAACACUCAUAACAGCUAAGGAUAAAGAGAGAGACGUUUUGGAAAAAGAGAGGGAGGAGCAAGCAGAUCAGAGAGAAGCGUCAGUAAAAUCCAUCUCUUCUCUUAUGGCAGAGAAAGAACAGAUAGAAGAAGAAAAUGGACGAUUGGUAGAGGAAAAAAAGAAACUGCAAUCUACUUUAUUAUCAGUGGAAGAAGAGAGAGAUGACCUGCGCUGCACUCUUGCAUCUGUAGAAGAAGAGAAAGAAAGACUAGAGCAAGAGAAGGAGAUGGUGGCUAAUGAGAGAGAGAAGCUUCAAUCUAGACUUUCUUUUAUAGAACAGGAGAAACAUGACAUACAUGAAACUCUUUCUUUACUCAAACAAGACAAGGAAAUAAUAGAGGAGGAGAAACAAAAGUUAGAGGUUGAAAAACAGGAAUUGCAGUCUUCCCUUUCUUUGAUUGAAGAAGAGAAAGAGAACCUUUGCUCAGCUCUGUUUGCACUGGAAAAAGAGAAGCAAAGCGCAGAAGAAGAGAGAGAGAAACUCACAGAAGAACAUGAGAGCCUUCAGUCUGCUGUUGCCUCUAUGGAGAAAGAGCUGGAAACACACAAAUUGUCUGUCGUACAGUUCAAUGAGCAGGCCUCAGAGCUAACAUCUCGUGCUGCUCGUCUGUCCAAAGAGAGAGACUCUGCUUUAAGCAAGAUGAAUCUUUGGAUGAAAACCUGCAAACAGCUGGAGCAGGAGAAGACAGUGAUGUUAAACAGCUCGGGAGAUGGAAAGAGCAGUGGGGAGGUGCAGACAGAGGUAAACCAGCUGAAGAUGGAGUCACAGGAAAAAACCAAGGAGGUGGAAGAACUUAAUGCUGCCCUUGAUGGAAAAAAGAGGGAAUUAGAGGAGAGGGAUAAGGAGCUGGAGGAGUUGAAGAGUGAACUGGACGACGUCAACAAACUUCUGGAGGAGAAGAGCACAGAAGCUGAUGAGAGCAUGGAUAAAUACUGCAGCCUGAUGGUGCAAGUCCACAAACUGGAGGAGACCAACAGUGCACUGACAACACGGCUGGAACAGAUUACCACCAACCAACUUACUAAUGAAGCUAACAUACACUCUAGCAGCAGUGUUAUUACUCGCUGGCGGCACUCAGGAAGGAAGUCCUCCUCCAAACAUCAGGAAGAAAAGAUCCAUGACAACACUGAGAACAUGGCUCCUUCAACACCCCAGAGAUCUCCUCAAGGGUCAUCUUCAGGGAAACGGGGUCACCGUGACAUCAGUGAUAAAGACUGCGCCCAGGAGGCCCUGCACAACCUGACAAAAAAGAUCAAAGCCAACUCAGCAACUACACCCAAACCAAGAACUGAACAGGAAGAUGAGGAGUUCAGGCCAGAGGGACUUCCUGAGGUGGUGCAGAAAGGCUUUGCUGAUAUUCCUUUGGGGGAAGUGAGUCCAUUUAUCAUGAGGAGAACCACAGUGAGGCGCUGCAGUCCUCGGCUGGCUGCCAGGGUAACUGUUCCCACAUCUGCACCUGACGGCAAGCUUUUUGGGCCCACACCCCUUCAGAGUCCCUCUGCGGACAGCUCCAACAGGAAGUGUCUCUCCCCGAGUGGCGAGGAGAAAACUAUGUGUCGAUCAAUGAGCUUACGGAAAACACCAGAGCAAAAAGAGAAACAACUUUUAAAAGAACAAACACAACAAGCAGAAAACUGUCACGUUCAGUAAAUUGAUAUACACACAUAUAUACACACACACACACACACACACACACAGAGUCUUGCACUUCUGAUUUAUUUGUAGAAAUAUAUAUAUACACAUGUCUAGAGAUACUAAAGAUUAACACUCCACUUUUUUUCAAAACACAUUGAACUUUAACAUAAAGACACACUUCAAAAGUAAUAUCCAACCUACAAAUAUUUGACACUAUUUAUACACCUC